AUGUCCAAUCACGCCCUUGACACCAACCCUCCCACUGGAUCAGUCCAGCACAUCACGGCUCAUGGGUCUGAUUGGCUCUGGGCGGUUUUCGCAAUCAUGAUGGUAGCAGAUAUCCUCGUUUUCUUCUGGCAAUUUUCUCUCCCACGGGGCCAACGAGUCUUCCAUCAACUGUGCUUGUUCAUCCUCUCCACUGCGGCCAUCGCAUAUUUUUCAAUGGCUUCGGAUCUUGGUUAUGCCUCUGUUCUCACUGAAUUUGGUCAUAUGGGAUACUCUGCAAACACCACCAGGCAGAUCUGGUACGUCCGAUACAUCGAUUGGGUCAUCACCACCCCUUCGCUUCUUUUGACGUUGGUGUUGGCUUCCGGUCUUCCCCUCUCGGACAUCAUCGCGUUGUGCUACUUUGAUCUGGUGAUGAUAGUGACGGGGUUGGUCGGUGCAUUGGUCGCUACCAGCUACAAAUGGGGCUUCUACACUUUCGGAUGUGCCGCUUUGUUCUACAUCUGGUGGGUUCUCGCUGGGCCAGCUCGAGCAAGUGCAGGGGCACUCGGAGCGGACUACAAGAGCGCUUUCACCUCUUCCGCCGCCAUCUUAUCGUUCCUCUGGCUGCUUUACCCAAUUGCUUGGGGUCUUGCCGAUGGAGGUAAUCUGAUCACACCAGACUCGGAGAUGAUUUUCUACGGUAUCCUUGACGUCCUUGCCAAGCCCGUCUUCACCAUCUACCACCUGUACAGGCUCUCAAAACUUGACCUCAGCUUGCUACAACUCUCUUCCGGCAAAUUCUCCAACUCUGGCGGGGUGUUUGACCGGGAGAAGCAUGCCGCUGCUGGAGCACCUGCAACGGUCGGAGCGUCAAUCACCGGUACGGCCAAGGGAGGUUUUUUCAGUCGACGGGGUCAGAGAGAUGCUGUAGCCGAGCCACGAACUUCCGAAGCGACCGCUGUUAGUUCUUGA